AAACAUUAUCAUUUUCGCGAGUGAAACUUGAUAUUUUGGGGAUUUUUAUCUUCUGCGUAGGCAUUCAUUGUUUAAUAUUGUCCGUGCUUAAUGCGCUAAACUGCUGCACUGUUGUGGAAAGUGACGUCAAGUGUGGUGACUGUGCAAAGCUGUGUACUGUUGUGUAGCUCGUUCGUUCAUGUAAACUGCACAAAAGGUACUGGCUGCUCCCAACAACAGAACGGAACACUAGCGAACACCAUAAGGCUAGCAUUCCCACCAAUGGCCAAUGUACGAAUGUCUCAGCCGGGCACGCCGGCCACCACCCAGCCAAACUACAUGAAAGUAUUCAUCCAGCGGGAUUACAGUGAAGGCACUUCGGUAAAAUUCCAGAACCGCUUUCCCCCGGAGCUGGAGAGUAGGAUCGAUAGACACACCUUCGAGAGCACCAUGAACAAAUUGAACGAAUAUUUCGCGGAGGCAGAAAAAGGUUCCUGCAGCACAUAUUGCGAAGGAUGUCUGGCCUGUAUUGCAGCUUACUUGAUUUACAUAUGCACGGAAACACACUACGAAAAGUGUCUCCGGAAGGUGUCGAAGUACAUCGCGAUGCAAAACGAACGGGUAUACAAUCCAAAAGGGCUGCAAAUCACGGACCCGGUGUAUCGCGGGCUGCGUGUAAUAGAAAUUUCCAUCCUAGAUCGACCCGGGCGCACGUGACUGCCGCUCUCUCAUUCAACGGAGGAGUUUUUCAUGUAGGAAGGUGUCGCCCGCGCGUAGCCAAACGUGUCCUCCGGCGAAUAGACGGAAUUAGGGGAAAACAACGCAGCAUUAGCGUGCAGCAAUCGUAUGGAAACAUAAAGUUAAAGCAAAACUUCCAAUCGACGACCGGGUGUCGGGGUGACUGGGACGCGAAUCUUUGCGAUACUGUAAUUCCAACCCGAGACAGAACCGACGGACAGAUAGACGCCUAGACACAUACUCACUUUACAUCAGAAACGACUUCUUCACACCCAUAGCGACAAACCUUUUCCUGUAGAAAACGUCUACGAACGAGACAACGAUACGCUCGGGAAGAUUUCAUCUGCCGCAGCGUCAGCGGGACGAUACGUCAUGUUGAAUAUGUUUAAAGUAGCCAACCUUUUACCUAAGCCCCCCCGUAGUGCGGACAUCGCGGUUGCCCCACUUCCCUGUGAGCAGAGUUCAGCCGGUAGUUUGUUUUGGUCAGCGGUAACCGCUUACACUAUGACCUCAUACCCAUAAUGGUGGCAUUAGUCGAGACCGAUUGAGAUCGUAUCGCAGGGCAUAAGAUACGCAAACCUGAAAGCAAGUGAGUGAGAGGACUCGCACACGCAAAUCAGAUAUCAUCACAUUAAUUCCAUUACUUAUACAAACCCCUCUUAACUUAUACUGUAAGGCAGUAGAAAAACAACGUAAAGCGAGCGGUGGGAAACGAUGUAUAUGGCUACAACAGCGCUCUCUCUUUCCCUUUUGCCACACCUUUGCCGUCUAGGUACACCAACCGCCAACCGACACGUGGAUCGGGAGUUCGGGCACUAAAGAUAACGAAUGGCAGCAGUUGAGUCAGCUAGUGUGACUGACAAACGUUUCUUUUUUUAACAAAACACACACGUUGUAGUUCUGUUCUGUUUAGGGGAUUUAACCCGAUUCUUGAACUGUAUUGCAUCAACCGAUGCGCUGACGGGUGGUGAAGGUAGAAUGGUGAACGAGUGAGCGAAUGGCAACGUUAAUAGUGGAAUGCAUUUGUGCAGGAGGUAAUAAUAAAUGAGACGAAAAAGAUGGUUCUAUAUUUAUCUGUAAGCGCAAAGGGUGUCCUUUAUUUGUACAGUUUCACUGAGAAAAUAAAGGGAUGUUUUAAAC